AGAGGUGGUUGUGGAGACGGAGUUGGGGAGGUUGUUGCGGGAGCCAAGUGAGUUAGCCGAUGCGCGAAGGUGGAGCGUCCGAUGCCGAGCGUCGGUGGCCUAGCCGCGGAGACGAAAGGGGGAACUGCCGGGACACUGCUGAUGGAUGAACUAGUACAUGAUUUGGCCUCAGCUCUUGAGCAGACCUCAGAACAGAACAAGCUGGAUGAAUUAUGGGAAGAAAUGACUCUGAGCCCAAGGCAGCAGCGUCGGCAGCUUCGUAAGAGACGAGGACGCAAGCGGCGUUCAGACCUUACACACCAAGUGGAACAUGCUUGCUGCUAUAGUGGGGCCUCAGAAUCCAGCCUAGAAGAGGUUGCGGAAGACUGCCGGGAAGUGCUAACUGCUUACUUUAGUGACUCUGAUGACAUGGCAGUAGCCAAACAUCCAACUCUCAGCACAGCUCUCAAGAAUAAGCAACACUCAUGGCAUGAAUCAGACUCUUUCACUGAGAAUGCGCCUUGUCGACCCUUGAGGCGCCGUCGAAAAGUUAAGCGUGUGACAUCAGAAGUGGCAGCUAGCCUUCAGCAGAAACUCCGAGUAUCGGAAUGGACAUACGAGAAGGGUUGCAGAUUCAAAUCGGCUAAAAAGCAGCGCCUUUCCCGUUGGAAGGAGAAUGCUCCCUGGACAUCAACUGGCCGGGGACUCUGUGAGUCAGCAGAGACAAGAGCCUUCCUUAGCAAAGGGGGAAGGAAUGAAAGGAUGGAGUGUGAAGCAGAUGAACAGAAACAGGGUUCUGAUGAAAACAUGUCAGAAUGUGAAACCAGCAGUGUGUGCAGUAGCAGCGACACUGGCCUUUUCACCAAUGAUGAAGGUCGCCAAGGUGACGAUGAACAGAGUGAUUGGUUCUAUGAGGGCGAAUGUGUCUCAGGAUUCACAGUCCCCAACCUUUUGCCCAAGUGGGGACCUGACCGCCAGUCUGAUAUGGAACGAAUGGACUCGAGCCUUGAAAAAAUCUCAGAGCCAACAUUCCUUCUGCCCUCUCGGCCUGUUACAAGAGGAUUUCACCCACGUUUGAACCGUCUUCCCAGUGUUGCUACACGCUGUCUUAGGAAGGGCCGUAGAAGGCUGGUUAGCAAGGAGACCAUCAUGAAUGCAAUGGGUACUGAGAGGAUUAGCCACAUCAUUGGUGAUUCCUGCCAAAAAGAAAAGAACCAAGUGCUGGCUUCCAAUUUCUUCCACAUUGCAGCCUGGGUCCAAGAGUUCAGUCCAUUAUCUCCACUGUAUUCCUUGGAUGUUCUUGCUGAUGCUUCACACCGAAGAUGCUCACCAGCACGCUGCUCAGCCAGACAGACUAAUAUACAUCUGGGACCACCGUGCUCAAGGGACAUCAAGAGAAAACGCAAACCGGUGAUGGCAACAGCUUCACUUUCCAGCCCCACCUCAGCAGCUUUAUCUAUCCACAUAGAUGCAUCAAACCCCGAUCCGCCUGUGACCCAGCAGAACUGACUCUGGAGCCAGAAUCGAUCCACCAUCUGAAAGAAUCAUCACCACUCCCAACAGCUUUUUAAAAAAUGCCAUAUGAGACGGUACUAAAAGCAGGCAAUUCUUCUAUUAGCAACUAGCUCUGUUUUCUAAUCUGUUGGACUCCAGAGUAUAUCACAAUUUUUAUCAGAUGCCUUGACUGGCAAUAAAUGUCUCUCAGUAUUAUGUGACAUGUCAAUAUUAUCUGAUUACUCAAUAUAUCCUGCAAAUCAUGUUUAUAUAAAAAUGCAAAUGUAAUCAGUGUUGAGAUUUCUAUACUAGUAAUGUUUCUAUUGGUGUGCAAAGAGUUAUGACGCACCCUUGCUUCUUUGUUCUCAAAGCGAACAAACAUUGUGGAUAUGUGCAAAAUGUUAUUGUUUACUGAAAAUGCUUACUUUUGUUACUAACCUCUUCAUAUUUGGAAGUAUCCAUUGUACUAGAAUUUCUGUAUUAAACAGGGAAACGUUCUAAUUGCAGUAUUUUGAAGAAGCAGACUUUGUCACUCCAGCAUGGAUGUUUUGAAUGGAGUGAAUAGAUGUUUGGUAUGGAUUGGGUAACCUGAGUGCUACAGAGGGAUCAUUUUCCCAACAGCUACUUGUUAGAAAAAAAAAAAUCAAGCACAAUACAGGUAAUCCUCCACUUACACCCAUUUGUUCAAUGAUUGUUCAGAGUUCAGGCAGCACUGAAAAAAUGAAAAUACGACUGGUCAAGAAGUUUUGGCUAUUGUACCACUCUUGUCACAUGACUGCAAUCUGAGCUUCUGGGUGUCUGGCUCGUGAUACAACAUCACGGAACCAUGUCACGGAAUUGCUAUUUGCAACCUUUCCUGUUGACUUCAUAGGGAAGCCAGCAGGAAAAGAUUGGAAGUUGCUCCAGUAAAUCGCUUCCGCUCUUCCACCAUCCUGCAGCACCCCCUACCCAGGCCCAAUUGCCAUCAGAACCCAAAGACUACUUGUAUGCUGGUUAAAUCCCCUUUAAGUUGUUCUUUGUGUAGAAUAAUCCUUUCUCAUUUUUCUUCCAGAAUCACUGGAAUAUCCUAAACUUGAUUUAAAUGAGAUGCAUUUUCCCUUUGAGCUCACUUUCCUGUUUUUCCUGUGAACAACCAGCAGAAUGAUAAUUUAUGAACUGAAUUGUUAUGUCAAGAAACUUUGAAAUAUAUAAUAUUUUGAAGUGAUUGAUAAUAAAAAUGGGUGACCAGCAGGAUAUGCUCUGUAUGCUAUUUUAAAAGACAUCUGCUGUAUUACCCUGAUGUACGUUGCUGUAUUACAGCCUUUUAGAUAAAAUGGUUUGGAGUCUUCAACUUCUGAAAGCCCAUGCACGUAAUGGUUUUUAAAUAAAAAGUAGCUAGGAUGCAUUUGGGUCAUUGUACAUAGUACAAGAGUAGCUACGUUUGCCCUAAACCCCACUGCUAGCUAACCAACUUUCAUCUCUAUUUCAGGCUUCUAGAGUCUUUUCACAGAGGCUGAGCCAUUGUUGCACUGGUCUCCUUUUCCUAUUCCACCUGUUUGAUUUCUACCCUUCUGGUUUCUUCAUGGUCCUCACUUAGAGUUUAUCUUGAUGACCAUGUCUUUUCAUCUUCUACAAUCUCUGUCCAGCAUAAAACAUAAAAAACAGUGCGGACUAUCACUCCUCUUGACAUAUUCCUAAGCACAGUUGCAUAAAUAUUGCUUUGCUUCCUAGAUGCAAAUAGAAAACUAACACAAACACUAGCAAAAGUGUCCUGAAUUGAGACUUCCAACUUGUCUAUAUUUUGGCCAUUUUCAUUGUAGACCUCAGAAGGAUGCAUAUCUGUCGGUACAAUUAAUAGCACAGAUAUAAAUGUUUAAAAGGAAAGCAUUAUAUCUUCUCAUUGUUCUGAAAAAGCAUGCAGUGCAGUUGCAAUAUUUUUCAGAUAAACUUAUUAUGGGAGAAGCUUUUAAAUUUUAUCAUUUGUUAAUCACUUGCAUAUGUGUGUAUAUACAGUAUGUAUGUGAAUGUUUUUUGUUUUUGAAGCACUAUAUAGUGGUUUGUAUUUUUUAUUUCGUAUGUUUUUCCUUGUUACUCCUAUCGUGGUAAAGAGUCAUCAUAUGUGAGUAGGACUGCAAAAUAGUCCACAUUUCAGGUAUCAGCAUUCAUAUUUAGAGGCCUGACAACUAGGUAUCCAUAUAAUCAGUCUAGCACAUUUUGCUAUACUAUAGUAUAUGCUUUUUGGUGCUUUUUAAAAUCAUCCAUCCUUCUCUGUUAGAAAUCUGCUAGAUUUAAUGUUGACAAGUUGAAAAUGGCUGAGUGUUGAAUAGGACACAACAGUAAUACAUUUGAUUUGUACCCAAUAUAUUAGGAUAUAAAAUCAGAGUGAAUCGGGCUGCAGGUUUGGGUGGAUCUUGAAAUGCAAGUAGGCAGCAAUUCUCCCUUGUGGGAUUUAGUGUAUUCAGCUAGCAGUUGAAAUGAUGCUUAGGAACAGAGAAAGGAUUGGUAUGUUUCAUAUGCUUUUAUAAUGCUUUGUGUCAGUUGAUAAUAUUAAAGAAUAACAUGCAGGAAUAAGAACAUGUACUAAUUCUAUAUAAAUAUUUGAAUGCAAACAGGCACUGAUUUUGUUGUAGAUUUUGCAAAGUGUGGUGAAAUGGGUUUAUCAGGUAACAUACUGCAGUUCAUGCAUGCUAUACUAAAAUAGUUAGUGAUGCUGUGCCUGUGUCCAAGCCAUUAAAUGCUAACCAUGUUUCCCAGGCACAGACUCAGAUCUUCAUUAGUAGACUCCUUAUAUUCUCUUAAUACACUUCGAAAUUGAUUGUCAAGAAAAACCCUUUUUAAUCAUAUAUAAAGGAUGCACGAGUCAAUUUAUUUGAAUGCUUUCUGAAGAUUUGAGAGGCCUUGGGGAAAUCACUAUCAUAACUGUUGUUUCCAGAUUAGUCAUUUUAUUGUCCCCUGUAUAAAUUCUCAUAGAACUGAAUGGAAGCUCUACUACGCCUCAGAUCCUAUGCUGCAUUACAUAACAUUACACAUUUAGACAUGCUGAAGAUUUUGUAAAACUCUUCCUAUUUUUUCUGUGUUCUCAGAUCUAGAGCUCAAAUAGGGUUAGAAUUGGAUUUAUAAUAUGUAUUUCAGUACAGUUUGAUACAAGAGCACUGUUUGCUGUUUCGUAGUUUCUUAUCAUGAUUGCCCUGUUCCUUUAAAAUAUCAACUUUGUUCUGCAUUUAAUAGUUGUAAAAAAUGACAAAAUGUUUGGAACUGAGUCAAAGGAUAUAGAAACAAGCCUAAGUCUGUUGAUUUGUUUCUUUAUUAUGCUUUAAUUAAUUUAACCAUUUUUAUAAAAAUAUUACUUCCACUCACCAUUUGGAAAAAUGGUUUUUCCAUAAGAAUGUUUGAUAUUUAACAUUCAUAGCUGCUACUAUAUUUGUAGCCAGAUAAUUAUUACUAUAUAAAUAGGGCCCUAUGAAUUCUAUGCAGAAUAUAUUUCAAAUCUUGGAUAAGAAAUAUGCAUACAUCUUUUUAACAAGAAAAAGUUACAGUUCUGUUACUGGAAUAAAAGCAAACUGUCAGCUUUACUUCUGGUUACAGUAUUAUGGAGUUCUUUAUAAUACAUAAACUGAUAUAUGGUAUAACAUGGAGAAAGCAGUGGGGGCUUCAAUACCUAUUAUCAUACGAGUGCAGGACACAGAAGACCCUUGACACUUGCAAAUUUUAGAUGUUCUGUAUUAAGCUGUGGCUUCAUUCUGAUGUUGUAUUUACUGAUCUUUCAAGUUAGAGCUUCUGUAUCUAUUUUAAUGUUUUUUAUUUUACUUUUACAAAAACUAUUGUGAUCCAAAAAUCCUAUUAUUGGAAGAGCAUAGCUGCUUUUUUUAGGUUGUUGGGAGUUGGGUGGUUUACAAAUUUAAUUUAAUAAUAAUAACAAUAAAUAAUACACUUCAGUGAAGGAAUAAAUGAGUUUUAAACUA